GCUGACAAAACGAAGUAGACAUGCGUUCUACGACCGGGCUAGCUGGCGUGAAGGAGGCGUUAUUUGUGCGUGGCGUUCUGUCGUUCAUAGCGCCCGAGACGAGUGGGGCGAAGAUCAAGGUCCUUGAGGACAACAAGGGGGCUCUCGCCUUAAUCGAGAACCCGUUCAGCUCAGCGAGGAGCAAGCACAUCGACGUGCGGUUCCAUUUCAUUCGCGAGCUAUUCAAGUCGGGCAAGAUCACUGCAGAGUAUGUUCCGACUGGAGAGCAGCACGCCGACAUGCUGACCAAGGUCCUUGGCAGAGAGAAGUUAGAGUACCACCGGAAGGCUCUAAUGAACCUACCGAUGUAG